UUCUCGAAGCUUUAAGUUGCAAAAACCAGCUGCAGGCAGUAAUCAUUGAACUUUGAACUAAAAUUAAUCGAAAUAUUCAGUGAACACAUAGGUAUUUUAAUGCAGAAAAUUGUUUGUAAUUUUAUUUUCUUUAAAAUGGGGGUUUCCCGAAAGCUCUGCCUUUUACCGUUCAUAAGUUCUCGAAGCUUGAAGUUGCAAAAACAAGGCGAAAACCAUCUGCGAGCAGUAUAAGUAUUGAACUUUGAACUGAAAUUAACCGAAAUUUUCAGCGAACACAUAGGUAUUUUAAUACAACAAAACGUUCGUAAUUUUAUCCUACUUAUUUGUACCAAAAGCUCUAUCUUUCACCAUUCAAAAACUCUGGAAGAUCAAAGUUGCCGAAAGUGGUCAAAUUGUAUCAUCACUGAGUAAGUACCUAUAAUACCUAUCAGUUCACUUUGGUAUUGAUCAGUGACAACUUUUGGCAAAUUUGAUCUUCAAGAACUUUUGAACGGUAAAAGGCAGAGCUUUCGGGAAACCCCCAUUUUAAAGAAAAUAAAAUUACAAACAAUUUUCUGCAUUAAAAUACCUAUGUGUUCACUGAAUAUUUCGAUUAAUUUUAGUUCAAAGUUCAAUAAUUACUGCCUGCAGCUGGUUUUUGCAACUUACUUAAAGCUUCGAGAACUUUUUAACGGUAAAAGGUAGAGCUUUCGGGAAAAACUCAUUUUAAAGAGGAUAAAAUUCUGAACAUUUUAAUCAUUCAAAACACAUAUGUGCUCAUUGAAAAUUUCGAGUAGUUUAUAGUUUAAAGAUGACGUACGUAGUAUUCGAAAAUCAGUAAAAUAGAAGUAUUCAUAAAAUCGUUAUUUUUACGCGAAAUGAUGAAAAUUUAAGAUCAAUCGAUACAGAAUUUUAUUGCCUUUAAUUUGAGACUACAUGAAAGUUCACCCGAACUCGCGUACAAUCGAAAAAAUUGCAUUUUUUACAUGAGAAAUCGUAUGCGUUUAUAGUAGUGCCGGCCAAGUUGUCCUACCUUGGCACAGGCGCUAGGGUAAACUAUCCCGCAUUGCGCCAUAUGACAAUGCUCUUAUCGCGAUAGUAACUAUCGGCGGCAUCCCUGGGAUAUGAUCUUCAUCAUUUUGAUCUUGGAAAUACAACGAUCUAGUUGCAUCUAUAAGAAUUUUCAAGACGUGUCCAAUUGAAUAAUUAUUAGGUAUCAAUUCAACUUAUUUAUGUUUGAAAAAAAUAUCAAACUUUUACAAAAAUUUUGACACUUAUCAGUAUAUCGAUGAGAUUUUUAGUGAUAUUUUGUCUAUUUUGUGUCGUAUAUUCGGAGUCUGCGAAGAAUCUUCCUACAUUUUACCGACCUGGCGAAGAAAACAAACAUGUCGGUGGACAGAAUUACAAAUAUUCACCGAUGAGACAAGGUACAGACUUAAAAAAUGUUCAACUUCUUAAUGUGUUACAAAAUUUAGUCGCCUGUUCAGUCCACAAUGGCCAAUUCUUGUGCAAAGAUAAGCGACUAUGCAUCGAUUUAUUGCAUACAUGCAACUACAAAUGCGAUUGCUAUGACUGUUCGGAUGAAAGUGACAUGUGUUGGGAAUAUAACGAAGAUCUAUGUCGAACGUGCGAUUAUUUGUGCCUUCCUUCUCCGCAUGGCUCGUUAUGCUUAUGUAACAACUAUACUACUAGCGAAAUCAGCGUAUUAUGUGAACAACUCCAAGAAUGUGAUCCAUAUAAUCAUUGUGAUCAAAAAUGCGUCUUGUAUGAAGAAACAGAACGAUGCUCGUGCAGAGAAAAUUAUCGAGGGAAGCCCAAUACCAAGGGACAAAAAUGCAUAAGUGAUGUAUCUUACGAAAAUCUUCUUAUGUAUUCUACCAAUAAUGAAAUAAAACUGUUCAAUUUUACUGCCAAUGGGGCAUUUGUGAUCCGGAAAGAUGUUGAGUGUAAAGGUUUGGCCGCAGCUGGUGAUUAUUUCUAUUAUGGUACAGCUGAUAAGAACAGGGGUUAUGUACAUAAAACAUCGAUGGUUACUGAAGAGACGGAACUGAUCAUUGAGACAUAUUCACCGAUAAUAUUUUCUAUCGAUGUUGAUUGGAUCACUGGUAACAUAUAUUUCUCAACUGAUCAGUCACUUGGUGUAUGUUCCAAAGAAGAUGAAUUUUGCGCCGAACUCAAAUCUUUAAUUGUGUCUGAUUUGUGCCAUCUCAGUGUAGCUCCACAUUCAGGGUUUUUAUUUUAUUCGUUAGGACCUAUACAACAUUGGUAUCAACAUUCUCGAAUCAUGAAAGCAUCAAUGGAUGGAUCUAAUGAGAGAAUUUUGUACAUGAGAAAUUUACGUCGUCCUAUAGCGUUGACUGUUGAUGAAUUAUCAGAGAAGGUUUACUGGAUGGAUUCUGAUCUCAGUGAAAUUCAAAGUAUACAGUUUGAUGGCAAAAAUUGGAGGAUCUCAAAUCCUUGCAAGAAUUCAGGCUGCAAAGGUCUAUGCCUACUUCGACCAUCUUCUUCAAAAGGAUUAAUCGAUUUUACAUGCAUGUGUGAUAACAUGACAUCUUCAAGCAGAAAACACUGGUGUAAUAAUCCGUCCGCUCAUGUUAAAUGGCGAUUUGAAACAGAUUUUGAGUAUGAAAUUCGAUCACCACAAUCAGAAGGAAGAUUCAAAUGGUUAAAAGUGAUCUCAUUAGUUAUAAUAUUCAGUUUCCUGAUCGUCUUAGCCAUCUUUUCGAUUUAUUUCAUUUUUCGAAGGAGGGUUUUGCAUAGGUAUUUUGAUAGGGUGAUGAAUUGGAACCGUAAUGGAGAUGCUGAGAAACAGAUGCCUUUGACUGAGUAUAUGGAUAGCGAAUUAUAGACAGAUGUGAAGUGAAUAGAUACGUAAGACAUUUUUUUGUAAAAAAUUAUAUUAAAAUAUGUCUAAGUAUACCAUAA